CACAAAUUACUAUUGUUUAGGCUACCUCAAACUUUUUGGCACGAUCUCUGAUACGGUUAUAGACCAUGUUACCUUAUCCAUUAAAACGCAUACUCUGGGAAUUUUGUCUUCCUAAUUUCCAAACCCUAAACAACUAAACAUUAUUAGUAGUGGUAACCUCCUUGUGUGAGGAGGAUUAAAAGGAUGGGCUCCGGCCCGCUAACGCAACCAUGGAUGGGCCACAAGACUACAAGAGAGAGCGGACGAGUUCACGACCACUACAAUGCUCUUUCCGAAAAAUCCCUUAAAACAGCCACGUCAUAGUACCCAAUCAUAUCCUUCCACGUGGUACUGAAGCAAGUGCCGCCUCCGCACUCUCGCCAAUUUUCUUUUUUCAAUUUAAAGGAAAUAAAUCAGGAAUAUUAUUUUCGGAAAAUGGCAAAAAUGUUCUUUGACCCGUCCGACACCGCACGUGGCGGCGCUAAUCAUGUUGAGAGAUGCAUGAUUCGUACCAGCACAAAUCAAUCUGCUGUUUUUCCACUUCUUCCUUCUUUGGCUCGGAUCUAUUAGACUUUUGCUUUCCUGAUCGCAUGCGAUUUAUUAGGAUGUUUAUUAAUUAAUUAAACUAAUCCUGUGUGAUUUGGGAGGCAAUUAAUUGUUUUUUAAGCAAUCUUGGGCAAUUUGGCAUGUGCAAGCAAAGGGGAAGAAUCAAUUCGAUUGGAUUAUAUUAGAUGAGAUCCGUCCUUGCUACAUCUAAUAAUGUUUCAGACGGUAGUUUUGGUUAGGGAGUGCCAUUCUACUUCUUCUUUGUCCUUAUCUAGUCUAAGUCAUUUGGACUAUCUCGUUUCAAUUUUCCUACUACCUCCACCUCUUCUUCACGGACAAUAAAAAAAAAAAAAAAGUUAAGUGUGUAACACCUUAGGCGAAUCCCACAUCGGUAAAGUAUGGGAGAGAUCCAUGGUUCAUAAGUAAGAAACCGACCUUAACUGAUAAGACGUGUUUUGGGUGAAAUGGAGGAGUUCUUGUGAGAACUCCGAAGUUAAACGUGCUCAGUGUGGAGUACAACAAGGAUGGGUAGUCUUAUAGGAAGUCACUUUGAAUUGCACCCCAAGUCGAUAAAUGUGAGGGUCGAGGCUCAAAGUGGACAAUAUCUUCGUCGGGAAAAGGUUCGGGGAUGUUACAAAGUGCUUAACACGGGAGUUCAAAUUUUAUGUGAUUUUUUUGUUUCAACUUCAUUUCGGGACUCAAUCCAUGCCUCUACUCAGAUCCGAGCUCAAUUCUCAUAUAUUCGAUCGGGUUAUAACAGUCGUUGGUACUCUAGAUUCAUGUUUUCAUCAUAUUCAUCAUACAAAACUAAAAGUUUAAAUAAUCGAAUUGUAGGAGUUAGAAUAAACAAAACAAGUCAUGUAUCCUCAUUAUAGAAUCAAAAUAUAACUCUCGAAAAAUAGCUUAUUUGAUUAUAAAAAAAAAAUUAACGGAAUAUAUGGAUUCAUGUCGUCUCAUCUUCAGGAUCUUGAUAUACCCAAUUUGAAAAAUGAUUUAUAUGUUGGGACAAGAUUCAUAAGGUUUUGUGAACUUUCUCAAUCAAACCAUCUUAAAUUCUCAGUAAGAUUUUUUCCCCCCCCCCAUCUUCCAUACGGAGAGAAGGCGAGAGUACUUCGAUGUUUGCUCAAAGCUCUCAUAAGCUCUCACCAAAUCAACGUCUAUCAUCCUAUUUUAAAUCUCAUAUUAAUACAAGAUGUCUUUGAACUCCAUAUUACAUGCUUUCUAAUUAGCCCACUUAACCAAAUACCAAUUACAUUAACAUGAGAUCGAGCGAAAUUGCUUCAUACUAUGUGACCAUUGCACUUUGAACAUCAAAAUAGACCCAUUGUCGUGGUCCAUGCCUCUAGUAAUCUCAACGAUUUGGUUGGAUGAAGUUCCACUCCACACGCCUCUACCGCCAGCUAGCUGCUUCUGCGAAACGGUGCCGUAGUAAGCUGAUUGUUGCAGUCUAUCUUCACUGCACACGUGGCGACAUGCCCGUGCUUGGAAUCGGCCGUCCAGUUCCAGUACCCAAAAAGUCCUGCAGAGCUCUCCGCUCAACUGAUUCACGCCGGCGAAGCAAUAUAUAGUUCUGGACUGGAAAGUCGGCGAAACCUGGAAGACGGAGGAUUCUGUUUUUGGAGCUGAGAUGGAUUUGUAAGCUAAUGAGAAGAAAAACCCCGAGGAGAAUAGGAAACAGAAGCAAGCAACUAUGCAGGGGUUGAGUCUACAAAGAUCGCCAUUUAUUUCACCGGCGAGGCUUCCGUCUUUGGCUCCGGUGGGUUCAUUGCCAUGUUGUGUCAGCUUCUCCACGUUGAAACCCAUCUCUACUUCAUCCAGAUUCAGAGAUAUCACAAGGCUAAAUUCUGCCCUUCGAACGGUUAGAGCUCAGGCAUCAAACAUUAGCAUCGGAUCAGGGGGAUAUGAAGGUGGGGAGGAGGAAGAUAAGCAGAAAAAAUUGGUGAAUGGACCAAGUGACAGUUCAUCUGACAUAGUGAAACCUCCCACCAAAAUUCCCUAUCCCUUAUCUAUAGCUCUUGUGCUACUUGGAUGCGCCGUGGUAUAUUCCCUCAUCGUCUUUGUGAAGGGUGAACCUUCUGCUAUCUUGGCUGCAAUCUCCAAGUCGGGAUUAACUGCUGCAUUCUCGUUGAUAUUUGUGUCAGAAAUCGGGGACAAGACAUUCUUUAUUGCAGCACUCUUGGCUAUGCAAUAUGAGAAAGGACUGGUUCUCUUGGGCUCAAUGGGUGCUCUUUCACUCAUGACCAUCUUGUCAGUUGUCAUCGGACGUGUAUUUCGGUCAGUGCCGGCUCAAUUCCAAACUACCCUUCCGAUUGGAGAAUAUGCAGCAAUUGCUCUUCUCUUGUUCUUUGGGCUAAAAUCAAUAAAAGACGCAUGGGAUCUUCCAUCAGCUGAAGCGAAGAGUGGCGGAAAAAAGAGCCCUGAACUGGAUGAAUAUGCUUCAGCUGAGGAGCUUGUGAAGGAAAAGCUAUCCAAGCCGCUCACCAAUCCAUUUGAGAUUGUCUGGAAGUCAUUCAGCCUUGUAUUCUUUGCUGAAUGGGGAGACCGCUCAAUGCUUGCCACGAUUGCCCUCGGUGCUGCUCAGUCUCCAUGGGGUGUAGCAACCGGAGCCAUUGCUGGACACCUGAUCGCGACAUCAAUUGCUAUAGUUGGGGGCGCAUUUCUCGCCAACUACAUCUCUGAAAAGCUUGUUGGCUACGUGGGUGGAGCUCUCUUUCUCGUUUUCGCUGUUGCUACAUUUUUCGGCGUCUUCUAACAAAAAUCUCCUUGGGAGUUCACCAGUCAAGAGCCUACAAUAGUGGACUGUGGUUCAACUUGCAGACGGUAUACAGUACUGGCUGUGGCCUGUGGGAUGCUGGGCAGAGAGCAAGCAAACAAGCAAUAAUGGUUCCCUUUAUCUGUAAUUUGACACUCUUCGGGAAUAGGAUGACCUUAGCUGGAUUAAACAAAUAGUUCAUCU